AUGUGGUCGAUCAACUUCCACGAUUUAUUCGAGGUCGGUGCUAGUCGUUUUGCUUUGCAGAAUUAUAACAAUUUUCGGAAGUGGCAAAAUGAAGAAAUCAGUUAUGGAGCGUUCGUGUUUGGUGAUGUUGUAAAGACGGAAAUCACUGAUGUUCUGUUCAGCCCUUUCGUGGAUCUGGAAUUUUGUCUGGAUACCGCACGGCUCAUUGAGAAUUCGCUGCCCUCA